CGCCGGCUGGUCUUUGCCGCGAAGCAUCUUUGGACCUUUGGGACUUACGUGACCAGCAAGAGCUCCGAAGUUAGAAACGAAGGGAUGAACGUCCGUCUAGAUUAAACCAGAAGAAAAUGAUGUGGUGACAGUUUCUGAGCCCACCUAUUCUAUACGGAAUGCAGUGUAUGCAGUGUCCCAUGCCCUCCAUAAAACGCUGUUGAGCAAAAUUGAAAUGGGACCUAAAGAAGACAGAAACAUGGACUGGCUUCUUCCAUGCCAGAGUACAUUGACCUACAAUGAUGUGCAUGUGAACUUCACUCGAGAAGAGUGGGCUUUGCUGGAUCCUUCCCAGAGGAGUCUCUACAAAGAUGUGAUGCUGGAGACCUAUGGGAACCUCACUGCUAUAGGUUAUAAUUGGGAAGGUCAUAAUGUUGAGGAGCAUUGUCAAAGUUCUAGAAGACAUGGAAGGUAUGAAAACAGUCAUAGUGGACACAAACCCCCUGAAGAUACUCAAUAUGACAAAGUCUUUACACAUCCCAGGAGUGCCCACACAUAUGAAAGUAUGCAUACUGGUGAGGAUCGCUAUGAAUCAAAACAAUAUGGUAACUCUUUCGGAAAUAACAGUCAUCUCCUAAGACAUAAAAGGACACAUAUAGGAGAGAAUCCUCAUGAAUGUAACCAAUGUGGCAAAGCCUUUGCAAGUAAUAGUCAUCUCCUAAGACACAGAAGAACUCACAAUGGAGAAAAACCUUAUGAAUGUAACCAGUGUGGUAAAGCCUUUGCACAGAACUAUAAUCUCCUAUCACAUAAAAGAACUCACACUGGAGAAAAACCCUAUGAAUGUAACCAGUGUGGUAACGCCUUUGCAAGUAAUAGUCAUCUCCUAAGACAUAGAAGAACUCACAAUGGAGAAAAACCAUAUGAAUGUAACCAGUGUGGUAAAGCCUUUGCACAGAGCAAUAAUCUCCUAUUACAUAACAGAACUCACACAGGAGAAAAACCCUAUGAAUGUAACCAGUGUGGUAAAGCCUUUGCACAUAAUAGUGAUCUCCUUGUACAUAAAAGAACUCACACUGGAGAGAAACCUUAUGAAUGUAACCAAUGUGGGAAAGCCUUUGCAUGCAAUAGUAAUCUUCAAAUACACAAAAGAACUCACACUGGAGAGAAAUCUUAUGAAUGCAAUGAAUGUGGUAAAGCCUUUUCAGCUAACAGUAAUCUCCUGCUACAUAAAAGGACUCACACGGGAGAGAAACCUCAUGAAUGUGACCAAUGUGGUAAAGCCUUUGCACAGAGGAGUACUCUCCUAUUACAUAACAGAACUCACACUGGAGAAAAACCAUAUGAAUGUAACCAGUGUGAUAAAUCCUUUGCAUACAAGAAUGUUUUCCUAAUACAUAAAAGAACUCACACUGGAGAGAAACCUUAUGAAUGUAACCAAUGUGGUAAAGCCUUUGCACAGAACAGUCAUCUCCUAAGACAUAAAAGGACUCACACUAGAGAGAAACCUUAUGAAUGUAACCAAUGUGGUAAAGCCUUUGCAGAUAACAGUGUUCUCCUAAUACAUAAAAGAACUCACACUGGAGAGAAACCUUAUGAAUGUAACCAGUGUGGUAAAGCCUUUGCACGGAGGAGUGCUCUCCUAUUACAUAACAGAACUCACACUGGAGAAAAGCCUUAUGAAUGUAACCAAUGUGGUAAAGCCUUUUCAGCUAACAGUAAUCUCCUAAUACAUAAAAGAACUCACACUGGAGACAAACCUUAUGAAUGUAACCAAUGUGGUAAAGGCUUUGCAGGUAACAGUCAUCUCCUUGUACAUAAAAGAACUCACACUGGAGAAAAACCCUAUGAAUGUAACCAGUGUGAUAAAGCCUUUGAAUACAACGUUCUCCUAAGACAUAAAAGAACUCACACUGGAGAGAAACCUUAUGAAUGUAAAUAAUGUGGUAAAGCCUUUGCAUGUAACUGAUCUCCUAAGACCUAAAGGAACCCACACUGGAAAGAAACCUUAUGAAUAUAACCAAUGUGGUAAAGCCUUUGCACUGAACAGUCAUCUGGUAGUCCAUAAAAGAACACAUACUGGAGAGAAAUCUUUUGAAUGUACCCAACAUGAUAAUGUGUGUGCAUUUCAGAGUAAUUUCUGAAAACAUAACUUAUUCUGGAGAAAAAAAAACACUUUAUUAAUGUAAUCAGUGUGGCAUUACCUUUGUACAACACAGUCAUCUCCUAAUUAUAAAAAAUGCAUGUUGCAGGAAAUCUCUAUGAAUAUAACCAAUAUCAUAACGGCUUUUCAUGUAAGAGUCAUCUUGAACAAGAACACCUCAUGCAGUGAAACCAUAUUAAUGUAACCAGUGUGUCAAAGCCUUUGAGUGCCAUAAUAAUAUUCAUUGAAGAGUACACACUGGAGAGAAACCAAUGUAAUAAAGCCUUUCGAUGUAAUAAUAAUCUCCUAUGAGAUCAAGAACACAUACUGGGAAGAAGCCUUACGAAUGUAACCAAUGUGGUAAUACUUGCUCUUCACAAUCAUCUUCAAAUUCAUGAAAGAAUUCAUAUUGGACAGAAAGACUAUGAGUGCAUUUAACAUAGUGAAGCUAUUCCACAUUUGUAUACUCUUCAUCAUCAUGAAAGAAUUCCUACUCGAGAGAAACAUUAUAAAUGUGUUAAAAUAUGAGGGGUUUGUACAUAUGUAUGUUCUUCAUUAUCAUAAAAGUUUAUACUGUAGAGAAAUUCUCAAAAUAUAAGAAAUAUGGUAAGGCCUUUGUAUUCUUUGGUCUGCUGAAUCCAAAAUAACUCAAACACGAGAUCAAUGCAAAUAACAAUAAUUUAUUGUCACCAGUAACCUAACACUCUUGGGAACUGAUCUCUGAUACAUACCCACCCAGUGAACAAGAAAGUUAUAGAGGCUCUGAGCUUGAAAAAUCAUAAUAUAUGUGUUGUUUUACAACUAAUUCUUUAAUCAAUCAUGAUUUAGGGAUAUGGGAUUUGUUUAUGUCAUUGAAGGUUUCACCUGAUGUAAAAUGUCACUCUAAAAUUUACUGGAGGCUGGUAUCUAAAAAGCAAUACAUAGGAAUUAAUUUUUUUUUACCAUGUUCCAACAUGCAAAUUAAUCUUGCAUGUUUUGCAUGUCAAAGUCAACUUCAAGUCUAUAAAGGGAUAGUAGAGAGAAAUAUUACACAUGUAAUCAAUGUGAUAAAGCCUUUUCUUAAUGCAGUUAUCUCCACAUACAUACUGCAGUAAGACCCUCUGGAUAAGCAAUGUGGUAAUCCUUUUCAUGGAGUUGUCUUUGAAAUCAGAAGAAAAAGUCAUGUUCCAGAGAAACCGUAUGAAUGUAGUCAGUUUGGUAAACUUUUGCACUUCAUGGUACCGUUAUAGAAGAGUAAAAGCUUUCAUGUGUGAGCAACUUCUUAAAGCCUUUGCAUAUCACAGUAGUCUUUGAGAACCUUAAAGAACUCACUCUCAAGAAAAUCUGUUAGGAUAAAAGAUUUGUUAAGGUCUUUGAUCAACUAACUUGCAUUCAAUUACAGGAAAUUAUUUGGGAGGAAAAUUGUAACAAGUGUCAACAAUGUAUUCAUGCAUUAUGACAUUCCAUCCUUCUUUUCUUUCCAAUUAAAAGUCGAUAUGGAAAAAAGGCCUAGGAAUUUAAACCAUAAGGUAACCUUCUUAGAUUUCUCAAUUCUCUUCAAUUACAUGAAAUAAAUCAUCGAGUUAUAAAAUUUACAUGUGUCUAUUAGUGCUAUUUCUGUAACAAAACACAAUGUCUGUCACCUUUCAAAUGUGUUGGUUUUGCCUUACGGUUCCAGUGGUAUAUGGGAUCUCUAUGAAAUGGGAAUCACAAGUGUCAUACAUGGUGGCUAAAGCAGGAAGCUCAGAGCUCACGUCCUCAACCUGCAGCAUGAAGCAGAGAGUGGGAAUUACAGAUGCUGUGCAGUUGAAACUAUCAAUCCCAUGCCAAGUAACAUACUUCUCCAAGAGUGCUGCUUUUCCUAAACAUUCAUAAAUGAUUCCACCAACUGAGGAUUCAUUUCUCUGACUUCAAAACUACAUGUUUGAUUUCUAUUACAUGAAGGAAUUUAUGAAGAAAAACUGUAGAUAAACUUGUAGAUGCCUCAACAGCUGAGUUACAGGAAUGAAUGCUUACACAAAAACUCACGAGUAAACAUAUUAGUUUAAGAAUUUGCUUUACUUUCUGUUAUGUGAUCUCAGUAUGUCUUUUCGAGUUUAUGUUCCUGUCCAUUCUGGUUUCCAUGAAGAACAGACCUUUUGAUCUUCUUGUACCAGGAAUUAUAGAACAUUGUAAAAACCUGACCUAGGUUCUGGGAAUGAACUUCACGGCCAAGCCAUGUCUCUAGUACUGUAAGUAUCUUAAAUCUUUAUAUAUCUUGAGAUUGAGAAGUAGAAAAGAACUCAUAGAAGAGAGCAACCCUAUUUGUAUAUAAGAUUUGAUGACUUUGGAUUUAGUAAAUGUAUUCAAUUUUGAGAAAAUAAACUUUUAAAUUUGUUUUUACUAUAGCCUUGGAGGAAGUAAAUGAUUUACCAUGUUCACUUAAAUGUAAUGGAGGAGAUCACCAACUGUGGUUACAGUCAGUAAUUUGAGACAUUGGAGUAGGUAUUGAAGUUUUUUGUAUAUGUAGCAAAUCCAUUCACAGAAGUUUAUUAGGUUGUUCUGGUAUUCUUUCUGUGGCGGCUGUUCAUGUUCUAAUGCAUUUCCACUUCGUGAUAGGUAUUUUUCUGUUGGAAUGUAUAGAAUGGGAUCUCCAUCAUCAUCUAUGUGGUCCAUUGCUUAUUUCUGUCAGGUAGUGUGUGAUCAUAGUUUUCAAGGAAGGGUCUCUGAGAAAGUGUGGUACUUUUUUUAAUGUUUUCACAAAUUCCUUUGCUUUCAGCCUUGCUUAAAUGUCAGUAAUUAGUUAAUGUUAAAAUGUUCAAUAGUAUGUGUUUAUGUAUGUACAUAUUGUUUGAUGUCCCAUGUUUCUUUAUGUUCCCGUAUUUACUAUAUGUCACAUCUUGAAGAACUGCCUUCUAAGAGAAUUAUCUAGAGAUAUUAGAUAAUGUAACAGGAACGAGAUUUAUUUCAAAAAAGCAUGUUAUGUGUCUGUAGUGUAAGUAAGGGAUCUUAGGUCAUGGCAGAUAUAUGAAGGGUGUGUGACACUUUCUGGGGAUUAUUUUUGUCAUUGUUAUAUGAUCUUCAAGGUUAUGUUGCCAGUUUUACAUACCACAAAUUUUCCCCCUGAGCUCAUUGAUAUUCAAACUUAGUUGAAACUGUAUAUCCGUACAAUAUUAUCUUCUAUUCAGAUUAUAAACAAAUUGUCAUCUGAGGAUGGAAGAAAAUGAUGUGAUUUGAAUAACAAAUGCUCUUAACAAAUGAAAAUGAUUUACUGAUUUCCUGUUUUGAAAUGUGUUACUUCAUUCUUAGGAGUAUAUACUUGUUCUUAACACUUUCUCAGAACUACAAGUGAAUGUCUGAGAAUUGUCUCAGUGGGUAAAGUUGGUUGUUGCUAACCUUGAUGAUUUGAGCUCAACCUCUGGGUAGCAUAUAUCACUCCUACAAAAUUUUUUUAAUAUUUGUAUAAUUGGGCUGCUGUAUAUGCAAACUCACACACUAGCACAUACGUAAUUUUUUUCAACCUAAAUGAGGGCCAUUGUGGUCACUGGCUAAGACUCUGGAUUCCAUUUUGAGAACUCACAUACGGGAUGUAGAUAAUAAAUAAGUUGUCCUCUCACUGGUACAUAUAUACUGUAGCAUAGUUGUAUACACACAAACAUUUUUAAAUGGAUAAUAUUAAAGCAAAGAACCCACUUAUUGAUGACAGAAAUGAUUUUCAGGUGUAAAUAAUUGUAGCAUUUGAAGAUUUUGUACUAUUCAUUAAAAGAAAAAUGGUUCCUUUGUACAUCUUAUUUUAUCAUUUUGUUCCUUGAUUCAAGGAUAGGUCAUUUUAAAAACAUAUCUCCACUUGGCUCAGAAGUGCAUCCCUGUCAUUCUUGAUCUGGGAGUCCAUGGUAGGCUAAUCUCUCUGAGAUUAUGGUCAGCUUGGUCCACAGAGUGAGUUCUUUUGUUUGCUUGUUUGAUUGUUUUUCAGACAGAAUUUCCUUGUGUAGCCUUGGCUGUUCUGUUCUCAAUUUGUAGACUGGGUUGGCAGCAAAUUUGGGCCUCAUUCU